UAGUCGCUAAGUAGAAGUCGAGCUGACAGUUGUCGUUAGUCGGUCGUCGGUGUGGGGUGUGAGGAUAUUUGGGUCCCGUUUGGUGGGAAGGCGCUUAUUUGCAGUUCAAUUUUGUUUUUAUUUUAUUUGACGAGAAGAUAAGUGAAAAACCAGUUUUUCGUCGAAAUUACAUUCGGACCUUCUAAUCUCAGUGUGUGAUACAAGUGGUAGCUAGACUUCAGUCAAGAUGAGCAAACCAGAACAGGAAACGUCGCCUCCUCCUCCAGCCCAGAAGUCCUCCAGCUUGAACAAAUUUAUCUUCGCCGGAUUGGCGGGAAUGGGGGCAACAUGUGUAGUUCAACCUCUUGAUUUGGUCAAGACUAGAAUGCAAAUCUCAGGAGUUGGAGGAGCGAGUAAAGAGUAUGCAAAUUCAUUCGAUUGCAUAAAGAAAGUCAUAAGGAAUGAAGGACCAUUUGCAUUAUAUACAGGACUUAGUGCCGCUUUAUUGCGUCAAGCAACAUAUACAACUACACGGUUAGGUGUUUAUACGGUGUUGAAUGAUCUUUACAAAGGAGAUACAAAUCGUCAACCAAACCUUUUAAUGCGAAUGGGUAUGGGAAUGUCAGCCGGUGCAUGUGGAGCUUUUGUAGGAACUCCUGCAGAAGUAGCGUUAAUUAGAAUGACAGCAGAUGGCCGACUUCCGCCUGCGGAACGACGAAAUUAUUCGAACGUGGUCAAUGCUCUUACGCGGAUAACGAGAGAAGAAGGUCUUCUAGCUCUCUGGAGAGGCUGUAUUCCAACUAUUGGACGAGCUAUGGUUGUGAAUAUGGCCCAGCUGGCUUCAUAUUCACAAGCAAAAGACUUCUUCGUACAAAGCAUGGCCUUCGAAGAGGGCAUCGGCUUGCAUUUCUGUGCCAGUAUGAUAUCUGGAUUGUUGACUACGUUGACUUCUAUGCCUGUAGACAUUGCUAAGACCAGAAUCCAAAACAUGAAGAUUGUUGAUGGCGUCCCCGAGUACAAGGGCACUGUAGACGUACUGUUGAAGGUUGCACGUCAAGAAGGCGUAUUUGCGUUAUGGAAAGGAUUCACACCUUACUACUGUCGACUGGGACCACAUACAGUGCUCACUUUCAUUAUCCUUGAACAAAUCAAUAUAUUCUACAAUAAAUACGUUUUGGGAAAAUCAGGAGGCAGCUCCGGUCUGUAAACUGCAAAUAAUACAUAUAAACACCAAAUCGUACCAACGCAAAUGAAAUAAAUAUGUAAAGAGCAAGAAUCACUUUUUUAAGAUUCAUCGAAAAUUGCGUUAUUCUAAUACAAAACUGUAAACAUGGCACACGUUACCACAAUAAGCUAACUUUAAUAAACUGGGGUUACUGAGUAGAGCCUGGAAGCGGUGGUAGUAUCAGAUUGAUCUGGUAAUUUCUCUAACUUGGAAACUUCUUAGCUUCCCCGGAUGCUUCAUUUGUAUAGUGUUUCACUUUUAUGUUUCGGCCUAGUUAGGGCAAAAUUUUACCUCUCAGCACAUUCAAUCCACAUACCAUUCAAAAUGGUCAUUUUUAUAGAGAUUUAGCGAAUUAUCUGUAAAUAGUAUGGACCCUUCACUCUUAGAAGAAAUAUAUUUUUCGUUCGACGAAGCGAAAUUAAAAUAGAGAAAUCAAUUUAAAUAAAAUUUUUAAUUUUAUUUUGUUAUUUUGUUUUACUGAUGGCCAAGCUAUUUUGUUAUUAUACGCACCAGUUCUUUAGAACGUGAUUUGAAUAUUCCAAUUAACGCUUUCACGAGCUUUCAUUGCAUUCGUAGCGGUUUCAUUGCCUUUUUAAAUAUGAAAAACUGGACGCAAUCGUGCAAAGCAAAGAACUUACACAAAAAUGAAUCGUUUUAAACGGAAAAACAUUUAAAUCAAACGAAACUAUGUAUGUAGAUGGUUCUAAGGUUAACCUUUUAUCUGAUCAAAGAUCAUCGAAAUGAAUUAGAGUUUUAUACAGCGAAUCACAGAACCAUAUUUUUAUAAAAGUCUUAUAUUCGUAGAGUUUAAGAUUAAUCAUAACACAAUCAAAAACCAGCCGCCUGUAAAAAUUGUAAUAUGUAGUCUGCGAUAUUAUUAAAUGAUAUUUAAAAAGCGGGACACUUGCGAUAAAAAAUAUAUAGCUAGGGUUUAAAUGUGAUCGGCCGAGUAAUAUUUGAAAAUGAUUUUGUAGAAGAAAAUUAAAAAUAUAUGAAGAAUAUAAUAUGUACGGGCAACAAUAAAAAAUUGGAUUUAA